UGACUUGUACCCACACAAUUCUCAACUUCACCAUAUGGUUGGCGCCAAACCAAAACCCAGAACCGGACACAAUUUCAAACACUACGCUCUGUGGCUCUGACUUCCUCGCCGUCGGCUAUGGAGGCUUCGAUUUUUCCGACCGUGUUUGUCUCUCCCUCCUCCGCCGCCACCACCACCACCAUGACCGUCGUCCACGGCGGCGGCAGAGUCACCGACCAUUCCAAACCUGUCAUCAAUCUCAUUUCCAGAAAUCGAAACAAUCGUUCCAUCAAAACUCACCGUUUCAAGACGCCGACAACUGCCGCUGCGGCGAUUAACGAUGUUUUGGCUGCGGCGGAUCCGGAUCAGGUGGCGGUUUCCUGGCAAAUUGUCGUCGGCGCUUUGGCUGGUGUAACGCCAUUUGUGGUUGCUGGGAUUGAAUUUAGCAAACGAAUUGUAGCUCAGAGAAAGUGUGGGGUAUGUGGAGGCUCAGGACUUGUUUUGAGGGACAAAUACUAUUUCCGAUGCCCGGGUUGUGGUGGAUUUCUCCCUUGGCAAUCAUGGAAACGAUUCUUUUCUGGCUAGAGUCCUUUGUUUUUUCUUUUUCAUUCUUCUCAAAGGUUAUAUCGGCAUAUUCUGUUUAAUACAUUUCAUUAGAUAUAUAAACAUACUCUAAUCCUAUAUGAGAAGAUGAUACCUUUGGUCCUAGUUGCAAAGAAACUGCAUUCGGAAUUGGAAUUUGCUUGGAAGAACAAAAUGAACUUAUGUCAUAUUGUCAUCGUCAUCGUGAUGGCUAUUGAACACAACAGUGCAAGCUUUUAAAUAACUAUAUUGAGAUA